AUGCCGAUCCCUGAACUCCUCGUCAGCCCCUACCACGCCAUCUUUCAAAGGAUCGACGAGUUCGGGAAUGUCUGCCUGGGUGAACUCGACGAUUUCGCCGAGGCAAUCUAUCAACGUCUGCGCAUCAUCGUUUUCUCCUCCUUCUCCUCUGAGACUCCGGGGGAGGAGGUGAAAAGCCUUACGGAGGAUUCCUCCGACCAGGAUCUCUGGGAUCGUAGCCUUUUGACCACCGCGUUACGAUGCCGCGGUGAGACGCGAUCCAUUCUGGAUAUGAUUACUGCCUGCAGUACCGUGAAAAAGGCGUUGAGUGAUCAGCUCAAUCUUUAUCUUCUUAGUCCCAUCAGCCGAAAUAGCUUUGCGGUUUGCGCGAGCGAUAACGUGAUGCUGACAGCCGUCCUAGCCUCCACCGCGGCGACCGCGCUCAAACGCUUUCAAAACGACCGGAAGAUCUCCACGAAUAAUUUCUUUAACGGCCACGUUUUCGCCGGUAUCGCUUUUCACACCACGCGGCUGACGCUGUUUGAGGAGGAGCCUACUGAUAUGCACGCCGUGAUGCGCUCAAUCCUCGCGCAACUCACCACCAACCCUGAGAUUUUGCAGUACCUCACACUGGAGGUGGAUACGGAUCGACUUCGGAGCUUUUUUAUCAAAUUCUUCACCGGCCGCAGCGCGUUGGAUUCGAAGCUCCGAUUUAAAAGCAUUAUCCGGCGUCCAACAAACGAUGCUGAGGACGAUUUGGCGAUCCCGGACUGCGAUACGACGACGCUCGCGAUGCGGGAGAGUGAAGGGCAGGACGGGUGCGGAACGACUCCCACUACGACCGCCACCUCUUUUUGUAAUAAUACUCUCAUGAAAAUGCCUUUCCAUCAGGAGCAUAUUUUCGCCGUGGUUUUAGAUGGAAUUGAUGAUAUCGACGCCCCUGUGCGGCCCUGUGAAGCGCUUUCCUCAGCCAUGGAAGGGGGGAACGUUUUUAAGCCCUCCGAAAACAGCGGCGAAAGGAGAAAAAAACCCCAGUCAUCGUCGGUUUCGGGUAUUGGCCAGGAAAAGAUUUCACCCGAGGAUCUCUUGCCCAGAUGCCUUGCUCGAAAUGUGCGGAUUCUCCUUAGCUGUGGAGUAGCCUCCGGGAAUGAAAACGGUGAGGCUUUCGCAAAGAAGCUCACGGACUGGGAUCGGGACAGCAUGGAGGUGCUCAAUAUCGGGCUCAAUAGCGCGCACGAUGCCGAGCGACUCCUAAGUCCCUCUGUACUCGCCGAAUUGGGGAUUUCACUCACUGAUGACGAGGUGGAUGUUGCUCGGUAUAAGCAUGACAUCCAGCAAGACGCGGAAUACCUAACCUAUCUCAUCGACGCGCUUUGUAUUAACGUGGAAGACGCCGGAGGGUUAUCGUCCGCGCAACUCUUAAAUUUGCUUCCAGAUUCCAUUGAAGAGAUGACAAAGUACUUCUACGACCGGCUCGUGGAUACUUUCGGGAGUAGCAUCAUUUACCGCGUGUUUGGCAUACUCGGGGUGGCGCGAUGGGGGAUCCCCGAACUUCACUUACGCGAGCUCACAAAAUUACCCCCGCAGCGAUUCCGCCAAAUGCUGCGCUAUAUGCGAGUCGCUAUUGAGCUCCCUCGAACUUUUCAAUUAAAAUCCCACGAAACGGACCUGGAUCUACCCAAUCGAUUUGUGCGCUUGACCUCGCCGGCCUUUAAAUCGUACUUAUCGAAGCUCGAACGGGAACGUUCCGAGGCGCAUGCCCUGCAUGAGCGGCCGAAUUUCUACGAAAAAUUCACCCCCCCCCUCCCCGUGCGCAAAUGGACCACCGGGUUUGGCAUGAUCAUCUCGCGCGCUAUUAUCUUUCCAUUGUGCAGAAAAGCUUAG